AUGCGCAACAACCUGCCGGUUAUUGCCUUUUUCUUCACUUCUUUCCUACUUCUUGCCUCCUGUUACAAUGUUCCACCAACCGGAAUUCCAGCUGUUUCAGAGGUUGAUACGAUGAUUCGACAAUGCUUCCAAACAGCUUGCAAGGAAUGGAUGGCCGAGUGUCAUUGGUAUUGUGACUCGAUCAAAGGGGCUAGUUUCCUUCGACGCUGCAAAGACUGUCUCAGCUUCCGUGGUCAACAAUGCAUGGAUUGUUUUGAACUUUAA